AUGACAUCUCCAGAGGUGGAGGCUUACGCUGCAGAACCUCACGAGCACAUUAAUCCCAAGAAGCAGACCAUUGGAAACUCCUGCAAGGCUUGUGGUUACAGAGGCAUGUUGGACACUAGACACAAACUCUGCACCUUCAUUCUCAAGAAUCCACCAGAGAAUGACAGUGGAUCUGCGAAAAAAGAAAAGGAAAAGAAGAACCGAAAGAAGGACAAAGAGAAUGGCUCAAGUGGUGGAGAAGCUGGAAACCAUAAUGACAUAGAUGCCCCUGAUGCUGUGGAUGGGGAUGACGAUGAAGACUGGGCUGAGGAGACCACAGAAGAGGCCCAGCGUCGCAGGAUGGAGGAGAUCAGCGAGCACGCCAAGGGUCUCACGCUCACUGAUGACUUGGAGAAAUCCUUGGAGGAGAGGGUCAACAUAUUUUACAACUUUGUGAAGGAAAAGAAAGACAGUGGAGCAAUUGACUCGGCAGAUAAAGAGAUCUUGGCUGAGGCUGAAAGGCUGGAUGUGAAGGCCAUGGGUCCUCUGAUCCUAAGCGAGCUGCUCUUUGAUGAGAACAUCCGUGAACAGAUCAAGAAGUACAAGCGCCACUUUCUCAGGUUCUGCCACAACAAUAAGAAAGCCCAGAAAUAUCUUCUGGGUGGCUUUGAGUGCCUGGUGAAGCUGCAUCAGAUGCAGCUCUUACCCAGAGUCCCCAUUAUACUCAAAGACCUGUAUGACGCGGAUCUGCUGGAGGAAGAUGUCAUACUCGCAUGGGCUGAAAAGGUGUCUAAGAAGUAUGUCUCCAAAGAGUUGGCUAAAGAGAUUCAUGCCAAGGCGGAGCCCUUUGUUAAAUGGCUCAAGGAGGCAGAGGAGGAGAGUGAGGGCAGUGAGGAAGAGGAAGAUGAUGACGAUGACAACGUUGAGGUGGUGUACUCCUCCUCUGCCCGCGAGUUGAAAAUGGAGACCACAAAACCUGAGAAGUCAGACCAUGAGGAGGAGGACAUUGAUAUUGAUGCCAUUUAAAGAUGAAACCAAAAACCUUCAGUUGCCUCUUCACAUAUUGCUUGGCUUCUUUUUGUCAGACGCAUGCCUUUCACCUCCUUUGGCCUUUUCUUCAGCUCUAGGCCUGGGUUAGCGCUCUGCUCAAAGCCUC